UGUCCGCAAUGAUGCCGAUUGUCGGCGCUGUCCGCAGCGCGUCGCUCGCCGGUAUUAAUACCCCAUAGCCCACUCAUCCAAGUGCAUAUUCCUCCACCACCACUCGCCACAGCCACUCGACAGCUCAAAGAUUCGCUACCAGCAGCUGAAUCAGUAGCCAUCCAUGUCGACCACCGACGGCCAGAAGCAGAUGCAGAAGCCGCAGGCGCCACCGGCGGCGCUGUCCGCGGCCGGGCACGACGACGCGGAGACCAAGAAGCUCUUCUCCCGCUUCGACGCGGACGGCGACGGCCGGAUCUCGCCGUCCGAGCUGGCCGCGGUGGCGGGCGCCAUCUCGCCGCCGCCGAGCGAGUCCGCGGGGGGCCGGGAGGUGGGCGCGAUGAUGGACGAGCUGGACGCCGACCGCAACGGCUACGUGGACCUCGGCGAGUUCACGGCCUUCCACGCCCCCGGCGGCCGCGACCUGGACGCCGAGCUGCGCGACGCCUUCGAUGUCUAUGACAUCAACGGGGACGGCCGCAUCUCCGUCGCCGAGCUCAGCAAGGUCCUGGGCCGGAUCGGCGAGGGCUGCAGCACCGAGGAGUGCGAGCGGAUGAUCGCCUCCGUCGGCGUCGACGGCGAGGGCUACGUCGGAUUCCAGGAGUUCAAGAAGAUGAUGUCGCCUGACGCCGCCGGCGCACAAGCCCAACCGUUGCCUGCCGCCGGCGUCAAGGACGACAAGCCCAAGACGGAGUGAUCUGCUCCUCGCCUGUGCCGAUGAUCACGGUGCCAAAUGGAGGUGUAUGCCAGUGUGUAUUUUGCGUAUUAUGUCGAUGGUAGUAAGGAUGAAUGUACAAUGUGUGUAUGCACUGA